ACGGUAGUGGAAGGCCAACACAAACAAUCAUUUUACCACUAAAACCAAGGGGCAAUGUCCAAUUCAAAUCAACCACUUCUUUCCAAACCAAAGUCUCUUAACCACAAGAGUAUAUGCCUUGUCCUCUCCUUUGCAGCCAUUCUUGGCUUUGCAGCUUUCUUCACAACCCAACUAAUUUUCAGUACUACUGAUGAUUCCUUAUUAACCCCAAGCCAGAUCUGCCAUGGAGCUCACGACCAAGACUCAUGCCAAACUCUAUUGUCUGAAUUCACGACGUUGUCGCUCUCAAAGCCCAAACGUCUUGACCUUUUGCACGUGUUCUUGAAGAACUCUGUAUGGCAACUCGAAAGCGCAACAAAAAUGGUGAACGAGGCUAGAACUCGCUCUAACGAGGUGAGAGACGAGGCCCACUUUGCGGACUGCAAAGAGAUGAUGGACGUAUCAAAGGAUCGGAUGGUGAGUUCUAUGGAGGAACUCCGAGGAGGAAACCUUAAUCUUGAGUCUUACUCAAACGUUCACACUUGGCUGAGCAGUGUGCUUACAAACUAUAUGACAUGCUUAGACAGCAUAAGUGACGUCUCCAUCGACUCCAAACAUAGAGUCCAGCCAAAGCUUGAAAAUUUGGUUUCUAGGGCUAGAGUAGCUCUAUCCAUCUUUGUCUCCGUAUUGCCUUCAAAAGACUACCUAGAGAUGAUCCUUCCCAUUCACUUCCCGUCUUGGCUAAAUUCCCUAGACAGAAAGCUUUUGGAAUCCACCCCCAAGACACUUGAAGUGAAGGCAGACGUCGUGGUGGCUAACGACGGCACCGGAAAGUACAAAACAGUAAAUGAGGCGGUGGCGGCAGCACCAGAGAAUAGCAAUUCAAGAUAUGUUAUAUACGUGAAGAAAGGAGUUUACAAAGAAACUAUUGACAUCGGGAAAAAGAAGAAGAACUUAAUGCUUGUUGGCGAUGGCAAAGACGUAACGAUCAUAACCGGUAGUUUAAAUGUCGUUGACGGAUCCACCACCUUCAGAUCUGCAACAGUAGCUGCCAAUGGUGAUGGGUUUAUGGCACAAGACAUAUGGUUCCAGAACACGGCCGGACCAUCAAAGCAUCAGGCUGUGGCUCUCCGCGUGAGUGCUGACCAAUCGGUCAUAAACCGUUGCCGCAUAGACGCGUAUCAAGACACGCUCUACACUCACACCCUGCGACAAUUCUACCGCGACAGCUUCAUAACGGGUACCGUAGACUUUAUAUUCGGAAACUCAGCGGUCGUAUUUCAAAACUGCGACAUCGUAGCGCGGAAGCCCGGUGCUGGGCAGAAGAACAUGCUGACGGCUCAGGGACGUGAGGAUCCUAACCAGAACACAGCCAUCUCGUUCCAAAAAUGUAAAUUAACUGCUAGCUCUGAUCUUGCCCCGGUGAAAGGAUCUGUGAAGACGUACCUUGGACGGCCGUGGAAGUUGUACUCGAGGACAGUGAUCAUGCAGUCUUUCAUCGACAGCCACAUUGAUCCGGCCGGUUGGUUCCCAUGGGACGGUGAUUUCGCUCUCUCCACAUUGUACUACGGAGAGUAUGCGAAUAAUGGGCCUGGAGCGGAUACGAGCAAGAGAGUUACAUGGAAAGGAUAUAGAGUUAUUAAAGACUCAAAAGAGGCUGAUAAGUUUACUGUCGCAAAGCUUAUCCAAGGAGGAUUAUGGCUGAAGCCCAGUGGAGUUACUUUCCAAGAGGGGCUUUGAGUUGAUGUCUUAUUCUCGUAAUUUAUGUUGUACUACGUGUUAUGCUCUGUUUUCGUUUGAUGUCUUCCUCUGUUAUCUCUGGACGUAAACCAGCGACAUGUUAUGUUUCAUGAAGUUAUGAUUAAUAAUAAAAGAAAAUCUUGUGAUCUGGUAUGUCAUGAUCACGAGAUUUCUGCAGGUUUCAGCUUCCAAA